AACAAAAUCCCAAAUUCUCUGCAACUUUGCUUCAAAUCACUUCUCCUUUUCUCCUACUCUCUCGUGACCCCAUUAAUCUUCUCUUUUUUCUACUUCUUCUGGAUUUUUCCUUCACGGGAAUCUUGAGAUUACCCAUAAAUAAUUAUUCACUCUGUUUUUACUUUUCAUAAAUUUUUGAAAAAAAUUGUGAAUGUUUUAAGUUAAUGCUGAAAAUUGUUUGAUACCCAGUUUUCUCCGUGAUAAAGGGUGGAAGAAUCCGUGAUUUUUUUUUCCUUUUUCAACUUUACUUAGAAAAGUCUAGAAGAAAGAGUUGGUAAAAAGAGUGUUUUUUUUUUUCGAAGAUGAGUCGGAAAAUUGAGAAGAUGGCUUCAAUUGAUGCCCAAUUGAGGCUAUUAGCACCGGCGAAAGUCUCAGAGGAUGAUAAGCUUGUGGAGUAUGAUGCUUUGUUGCUUGACAGAUUUCUUGAUAUUCUGCAGGAUUUGCAUGGAGAGGAUAUUCGAGAAACGGUUCAAGAGUGUUAUGAACUAUCUGCUGAAUACGAAGGGAAGCAUGACCCACAUAAGUUGGAAGAGCUUGGGAGUAUGCUUACCAGUUUGGAUGCUGGGGAUUCCAUUGUAGUCACCAAAGCCUUUUCUAACAUGCUUAACUUGGGUAACCUUGCUGAAGAGGUUCAGAUAGCUUACAGACGAAGAAGUAAGCUAAAAAAGCGUGAUUUUUCGGAUGAGGCUUCUGCACUAACUGAAUCAGACAUUGAAGAGACUCUUAAGAAGCUCGUCGGACAGCUAAACAAAUCACCCCAAGAAGUUUUUGAUGCUUUGAAGAACCAGACGGUGGAUUUGGUGCUAACAGCACAUCCUACUCAGUCUGUUCGUAGGUCUUUGCUUCAAAAGCAUGCAAGGAUUCGUGAUUGUAUGACGCAGUUGUACGCCAAAGAUAUUACUCCUGAUGAUAAGCAGGAGCUAGACGAGGCUCUACAAAGAGAGAUACAAGCAGCCUUUCGCACAGAUGAAAUCAGGAGGACUCCACCAACUCCACAAGAUGAGAUGAGGGCGGGGAUGAGUUACUUCCAUGAGACAAUAUGGAAGGGGGUGCCAAAAUUCCUACGCCGUGUUGACACUGCUUUGAAGAAUAUUGGAAUAAAUGAACGUGUUCCCUACAAUGCCCCUCUCAUUCAGUUUUCUUCUUGGAUGGGUGGUGAUCGAGAUGGCAACCCUAGAGUAACCCCGGAAGUGACAAGAGAUGUGUGCUUAUUGGCUAGAAUGAUGGCUGCAAAUCUGUAUUUCUCUCAGAUUGAGGAUCUUAUGUUUGAGCUUUCAAUGUGGCGAUGCAAUGAUGAGCUCCGUGUGCGUGCAGAAGAACUUCAUAGGACUUCCAAAAGAGAUGCAAAGCACUACAUUGAAUUUUGGAAGAAAAUUCCACCGAAUGAGCCCUACCGUGUUCUUCUUGCGGAUGUGAGAGAUAGGUUAUAUAAUACACAGGAACGCGCUCGUCAGCUACUAGCCAAUGGGUUCUCUGAUGUUCCUGAGGAGUCGACAUUCACAAAUCUUGAACAGUUUCUGGAACCUCUGGAGCUGUGUUAUAGAUCUCUAUGCGCUUGUGGUGACAGACCGAUUGCUGAUGGAAGCCUUCUUGAUUUUCUAAGGCAAGUGUCCACCUUUGGUCUGUCGCUUGUGAGACUUGAUAUUCGGCAAGAGUCAGAUAGACACACUGAUGUUCUAGAUGUUAUAACAAGGCACGUGGGUGUUGGCUCCUAUAAAGAAUGGUCUGAAGAGAAGAGACAGGAAUGGCUCUUAUCUGAACUAAGUGGCAAGCGUCCACUUUUUGGACCUGAUCUCCCUAAAACUGAUGAAGUCGCUGAUGUUUUGGAUACCUUUCAUGUCAUCGCUGAACUUCCCGCCGAUAGUUUCGGUGCUUAUAUAAUUUCGAUGGCCACGGCACCCUCUGAUGUGCUUGCCGUUGAGCUUUUGCAGCGUGAAUGUCAUGUAAAAAGUCCAUUGAGGGUUGUUCCGUUGUUUGAAAAGCUUGCUGAUCUCGAGUCUGCACCUGCUGCUGUUGCUCGGUUGUUCUCCAUAGAUUGGUACAGAAACCGUAUCAAUGGGAAACAAGAAGUUAUGAUUGGGUAUUCUGAUUCGGGUAAGGAUGCUGGCCGACUAUCUGCAGCUUGGCAAUUGUACAAGGCUCAAGAGGAACUUGUAAAGGUGGCAAAAGAAUUUGGAGUAAAGCUAACAAUGUUCCAUGGCCGAGGUGGGACUGUUGGAAGGGGAGGGGGUCCCACCCACCUUGCUAUCUUAUCACAACCCCCCGACACAAUUCAUGGCUCACUUCGUGUGACUGUUCAAGGUGAAGUUAUUGAACAGUCAUUUGGGGAGGAACACCUGUGCUUUAGAACUCUUCAGCGUUUCACAGCAGCUACACUUGAGCAUGGAAUGAACCCCCCUGUGGCUCCAAAGCCAGAGUGGCGUGCCCUAUUGGAUGAGAUGUCUGUUAUUGCUACAAAAGAGUAUCGGUCUUUUGUGUUCCAGGAUCCACGAUUUGUUGAAUACUUCCGCCUUGCAACCCCAGAAUUAGAAUAUGGUCGCAUGAACAUUGGAAGUCGCCCAGCCAAAAGGAAGCCAAGUGGUGGGAUUGAAUCUCUUCGAGCUAUUCCAUGGAUCUUUGCAUGGACUCAGACGAGGUUUCAUCUCCCAGUCUGGCUUGGCUUUGGGGCUGCAUUCAAGCAUGUUAUUGAGAAGGAUAUAAGAAAUCUGCAAAUGCUCAAGGAUAUGUACAACGGAUGGCCUUUCUUUAGAGUGACACUUGACUUACUCGAAAUGGUCUUCGCUAAGGGAGACCCUGGUAUUGCUGCAUUGUACGAUAAGCUUUUAGUAUCUGAAGAUCUGUUGCCACUUGGAGAGCGAUUGAGAUCCAAAUACGAAGAAACAAAGGGCUUUCUCCUUCAGGUUGCCGGGCACAAGGAUCUUUUGGAAGGAGAUCCAUACUUGAGGCAAAGGCUCAAACUUCGUGACUCUUACAUUACGACCCUCAAUGUAAGCCAAGCAUACACAUUGAAACGAAUUCGCGACCCCAACUACAAUGUGAAGGUCAGGCCGCAUCUAGACAAGGAGAUCAUGGAAUCAAGCAAACCAGCUGCUGAAUUAGUGAAGCUGAAUCCUACGAGCGAGUAUGCGCCUGGCUUGGAAGACACCCUCAUCUUGACCAUGAAAGGUAUUGCUGCUGGAAUGCAGAACACUGGUUAAGGCAAAGGCCAUUAUGUAUGUAUAAUAAGUGCUAUUGUCUUUUAACUUAUAUGAAUCCUGUUUCUGUUGAAGAAUAGUAAUGAUGAAAUGUUUUUGAAGAAUUUUGAGUGUGUGAUUUCUGAUU